CGGAGGCCGAGCGGCUGCAGCAGCGGUACCGGCGGAGGCAGUGGUAGCGGCGGCGGGAGGCAGGAUGAGCGCACGCGGUGAGGGCGCCGGGCAGCCGUCCACAUCAGCCCUGGGACAACCUGCCACCCCGGUGCCACAGAAGCGAGGACGCGGCCGACCCAGGAAGCUGCGACAAGAGCCAACCUGUGAGCCCUCUCCUAAGAGACCCAGAGGAAGAUCCAAGCCCUCUAAAGCAGCCCAGAAGAAAGCAGAGACCAUUGGAGAAAAACGGCCAAGAGGCAGACCUAGGAAAUGGCCACAACAAGUCGUUCAGAAGAAGCCUGCUCAGGAGACUGAAGAAACAUCCUCGCAAGAGUCCGCAGAGGAGGAUUACGGGGCGCCCACAUUCAAUUUCUACCUCAGCAUCAGUUGGAUCUUUCGAAGGGAGAAGACACUGCAGUGACCACUUAUUCUUAA